AGAACGUUCGGUUCGAUAAUGAACUAUAGCCCGCAUUUAGGCUUAGCCAAAUUGAUUUCCAUUAGUUCCAUUGUUUUCAUCAGUGUUUGCCUGGCUAUGGCCAUGGCCAAUACCCAGGUCCUUAACAAGUUACCGGCUAAUUUGAAUUUCUUGGAUUUCAUGACCAGUUCCACAAGCAACAUUGAAGCCAAUCCCGAACAAUCGAUGGCCUGUUUCAGCUACUAUGUUCCACUUAUUAAUGAAAUCGCUCAAACCUAUGCCGCUGAAUUGGCCGAUUGCAGCAAUGUUGCCACCCAAGCCGAAGCGAAUGCUGAAGCCGCUACUCUGGACAUCCGUAAUACCUUUGCCACUGCUGUAAAUUCGUCCUGUGCUGCUCUCGUUCAAUGUCCCCAAGCUGGUACCGUUGAAGAUAUUUUCCAAUGUUACAUUAAUCAGGGAACUGAUGAAUCCAAGAUUUUCUAUAGCCUCUCUGCCAAUGCCACCAUGCAAUUGUCCGAUUUUGUUGAGCUAAUUACUGAAAUCAAGAGCGAAUUAGAUGUCUGCAAUACUCAAGCUGAGGUUAAAUACGAAAAAGAUUCCGCAGUUGUUUACAGCAAUUUGAAUAGCUGCAUUUUGGGCCAAAGUGCUGUACCCACCACCACCAUUGAACCAAUCACCACUACAACUGUAUCAUCGUCCAGUGAGGCUCCCGUACCUUCGACCACUGGCGUAUCUUCGUCCACUGACGCAUCUUCGACCACUACCGUUUCUUCGACCUCUCCCGUGUCUUCGACCACUGGCGUAUCUUCGACCACAACUACUGUCGCCAAUGAUACUGCUUAA